AUGAAUACAAUCAGGAUUCAUUCUUAUAUUGUUUUCAUUAUUCUCAGCAUAUCAGUUCAAAACAAAUCUCAAAUAUGUAAGAACACACCUCAAUAUGGUGAAUGUUCCACAAACAGUGCAUGUGGAUGCUUUCAUAUGAUAGGUGCUAAUAACGAUACAGGCAUUUGUGGUUUUCGCUGGCUAGCAUGUUCUCAUCUUUUACUGUGUAAUUCAUCAGACAAUUCGUGUUCUCAGCCUAAUACGACGUGUGUUCAACAUCCACAAUGUAAUCAUUUUCCUGUUUGUUAUCCAGUUACAAUGACUGAUCAAAGUAUCUGCCCACCAAUGAAAAAUAAGAACAAUCUUAAAUGGAAACAAAAUGCCAUCACUGUGGCUGGUGGAAAUGGACAAGGACAACAAUUAAAUCAACUCAAUCUCACUCAUGGAAUUUUUAUUGAUAAAAACAAAAAUAUUUUCAUUGCUGAUUCAUAUAAUCAUCGUAUUGUUGAAUGGAAAUAUAAUGCAAAAGAAGGACAAGUCAUUGCAGGUGGAAACGGGCAAGGAGAUCGAAUGGAUCAAUUGAAUUAUCCAUCAGUUGUGAUUGUUGAUCAACAAAAUCAUUCGAUUAUCAUUGCUGAUCGUUGGAACAGACGAGUGAUUCAAUGGACGAAUCAAACGCAACAAAUUCUCAUUGAGAAUAUUGAUUGUUAUGGUUUAACAAUGGAUAGAAAUAGAUUUCUUUAUGUUUCUGAUCAGGGAAAGCAAGCAGUGAGCCGAUGGAAAAUGGGAGAAUAUAACAAUGAAGGAACUGUAGUUGCAGGUGGAAAUGGCGAAGGAGAUGAACUCAAUCAACUCAAGACUCCUGCUUUUAUCUUUGUUGAUGAAGAUCAAUCUGUUUAUAUAUCAGACUGGAACAAUCAUCGUGUGAUGAAAUGGAUAAGAGAUGCAAAAGAAGGAACAGUUGUGGCUGGAGGAAAUGGUCAAGGAGGAGAUCUUAAUCAAUUGUAUCAUCCUCAAGCAGUAAUUGUUGAUGAUUUGGGUCAAAUCUAUGUAGCAGAUCAAUGGAAUAAUCGAGUAAUACGUUGGUGUGAAGGAAAACAAGAAGGUGAAAUUGUUGUUGGUGGAAAUGGUUUAGGUGGUCAUCCGAAUCAAUUGAAUUAUCCCCAUGGUCUAUCUUUUGAUAAUGAACAAAAUCUUUAUGUUGCUGAUUUUGGAAAUGAUCGAAUUCAAAAGUUUGAAGUAAUUUUGUGA